CUUCCAUGAAAAAGACAGGGUAUCAUUACACAUACACAUAUUAUAUAUAAAUAUUAUAUAAUCAUUAGUAGAGGAAAAAAGAAAUAUUGACACAUAAAGCAAAUUGAUAGUGGCAAUAAUUAAGUACGUUUAUAUAGUGUAGUGCUUGAUAAUAAGUGUAGUCAUGACAAUACUCAUUCUUCUCUUCUUCCAAUGUAUUUCUUCUUCUUCUUCUUCUUCCUCUCCUGCACAACAAAAGCUUAAAUAUUAAAACUCUCUAUUCAUCAAAUAAAAUGGCUCCCAACUCUAUAACAUGCUUCUUAUCUCUCUUACUCUUCUUAUCAAAGUUUUAUUCAUAUGAAUCGACCAUCACCAAAGCCAACCAAACAGAAUUUUUCGUCCUCAUGAAGAAAUCACUCUCCGGUGCCACCUUAGAUAAUUGGUACGUUGGAUUCGGGGCUAAACAACCAAUAUGCAACUUCUCUGGCAUAAAAUGCGACACAAGGAGCCAUGUCAUCGAAAUCGACGUGUACGAUUGGUCAAUCUCAGGGACCUUCCCAGCAAACAUUUGUUAUUAUUUGCCAAAAUUAAGGGUCCUUCGACUUGGACGGAACCGAAUCUCAGGUGAGUUUCCGGCUACCAUCACCAACUGUACUCAGCUGGAAGAGCUAGACAUGAGUUACCUUUACCUCACUGGAAAUCUGCCAAGCUUUUCCAAUAUGAAAGCUCUAAGGAUUCUCAAUCUGUCUUACAACCUUUUCCAAGGACGGUUCCCCAUUUCGGUCUUCAACCUCACCAACUUGGAAGUCCUCAACUUCAACGAGAAUGGGAACUUCAAUUUAUGGCAAUUACCAGAGAGUAUCGCCAACUUAAAGAAGCUGAAGUCAAUGGUGUUGACCACUUGCAUGGUGUAUGGAAAAAUCCCACGCUCCAUAGGGAACAUGACGUCACUAGUUGACUUAGAGCUUAGUGGGAACUUCAUAUCGGGUAAAAUCCCCAUCGAGAUAGGGUUGUUGAAGAACAUCAAAUUGUUGGAGCUUUACUACAACCAGUUGGAGGGACCAAUACCCGAGGAACUCGGGAACCUGACGGAGCUUAGUGACUUGGACAUGUCGGUCAACCAUUUGACUGGUCAAAUUCCAGUCUCAGUGUGUCGUUUGACCAAUCUUCGUGUGUUGCAGCUCUAUAACAAUAGCCUCACAGGAGAAAUCCCAAGUGUGAUCGCUGAAUCAACCACAUUGAAGAUCUUGUCGCUUUACGACAAUUACUUGAUUGGUCAAGUACCUUGGAAUUUGGGUCAGUUGUCGCCUAUGGAAGUCCUUGACUUGUCUGAAAACAACUUGACAGGACCACUCCCUGCUUACGUUUGUCGAGCUGGUAAGUUACAAUAUUUUUUGGUACUUGAUAACAAGUUCUCAGGGGAGUUACCUCAGAGCUAUGGAUAUUGUUAUUCAUUACUGAGGUUUAGAGUGAGUGCUAAUAACUUAGUGGGAUCAAUCCCCGAGGGACUGUUGGCUCUCCCUCAUGUUUCGAUUAUUGAUCUUGGUUACAAUAAUUUUAGUGGCCCAAUAACAGAUUCCAUUGGAAGAGCUCGAAACUUGUCUGAGUUGUUCAUACAGAAUAACAAAAUUUCAGGGGUGCUUCCUGUUGAGAUAUCUAAAGCUACAAAUUUGGUUAAAAUUGAUCUAAGUAACAAUCUACUUUCUGGUCCAAUCCCAUCCCAAAUUAGAGAUUUGAAAAAAUUGAAUUUGCUUCUUUUACAAGGCAACAAGUUGAAUUCUUCAAUCCCAGCUGAUCCACUCUCUUCACUUAAAUCUCUCAAUGUUCUUGACCUUUCCAACAAUCUUUUGACUGGGAAUAUCCCAGAAAGUCUAUGUGAGCUUUUACCAAACUCAAUCAAUUUCUCCAACAAUAACCUCUCAGGUCCAAUCCCACCCUCAUUAAUCAAAGGAGGAUUAGUAGAAAGCUUUUCAGGUAACCCAGGUCUAUGCGUUGACUCAUCAGUGCCGGCCAAAACCUAUAAUUCCCAUAAGAACAUAACUUUCCUUCUCUGCCCAUCACGAUCAUACAAUCAAAAGAAGCUAAAUUCCAUACGGGCAAUAUCAAUAUCAGUCGCAAUCCUUAUAAUCGGUGUUGUUUUGUUUAUUAAGCGUCGUUUUGGCAAAGAACAAGCCUCAGUGGAAAACGACGAGACCUUAUCUUCUUACUUCUCCUACGAAGUCAAGAGCUUUCAUCGUGUAACUUUUAACCAACGUGAAAUCAUGGAAGCCAUGGUUGAUAAGAAUAUUGUGGGUCGUGGUGGGUCUGGCACAGUGUACAAGAUCGAGCUGAGCAACAAUGAAGUGGUGGCAGUCAAACGACUAUGGAGUAAAACAGAGCAAAAGUGGAGUUCAGAAGAUGAUGAUGAGCAAUUGAUAUUGAACAAGGAGCUCAAAACAGAGGUCGAGACUUUAGGGAGCAUAAGGCAUAAGAAUAUAGUUAAGUUGUAUUGUUAUUUCUCGAGCUUGGAUUGUAAUCUUUUGGUUUAUGAGUACAUGCCUAAUGGAAAUCUUUGGGAUGCACUUCAUAAAAGGUGGAAUAAUAAUUUCCAUUUGGAUUGGCCAACUAGGCACCAAAUUGCUCUAGGGGUAGCCCAAGGAUUGGCUUAUCUCCACCAUGAUCUUACUCGUCCCAUUAUUCAUAGAGAUAUUAAAUCAACUAAUAUUCUUCUUGAUGUGAAUUAUCAUCCAAAGGUUGCUGAUUUUGGUAUAGCUAAGGUUUUGCAAGCUAGAGGAGGCAAAGAUUCCACCACUACUGUUAUUGCCGGCACCUAUGGUUAUUUGGCUCCAGAAUAUGCAUAUUCAUCGAAAGCGACUACAAAGUGUGACGUGUACAGUUUUGGAGUGGUCCUAAUGGAGCUGAUAACAGGAAAAAAGCCAGUGGAAGCUGAGUUUGGAGAGAACAAGAACAUAAUAUAUUGGGUUUCGAACAAGGUGGAUACCCGAGAAGGAGCCAUGGAAGUACUUGACCAAACUCUAUCCCAUUCCUAUAAGAAUGAGAUGAUCCAAGUCCUUCGGGUUGCGGUUCGGUGCACCUAUAAGAACCCGGCUCUCCGACCAACUAUGAAAGAGGUUGUUCAGUUGCUGUUGGAGGCUGAUCCAUGCAAAUUUCAUUCCUCCAACAAGUAUAAAACUAUUUCUACUACUACUACUACUAUUACUACAGAGUACUAAUAAUUAAAUACUGUUAAGAUAAGAAAUGACCAGUUUGAUUAAUUAUGGUUUAUUCUCAAGCGUGACACUUGUAUAGUUGGGUGAACUUGAUUCAUCACUCAAGGUUAGGUUAUGUACUACAAAUAUAUGAAUAUAUAGUGUAGAUGUUUAUAUACUUAAUAAUUGUUAUAGGGUCCAUUAAUGGGUCUCCUUUGAAUCUAAAUGAAAGCCACCUCAUUGUUAUAGGGAGUAGAUUUAGUUCCGUAUAUAAAAUGUUUCUGUGGUUAUCCCAUAUAGUCACUUUAAUUAUUGGAUCAAGAGAUUUAAUGGUUGAAA